AUGUCAGAUACCGAAGCUCCGACCAAAGCCGACCACCUCUGUGUCCUGGUGCAUGGGCUCUGGGGUAAGCCAGCACACCUUGACUACAUGGCAGCAGCACUCAAAGAGAGAUAUGGAGAAGAUCACCUUUACAUUCUAUGUCCAGAAGGAAAUAGCGGCAACUUCACCUAUGAUGGAGUCGAAGUGGGUGGCGAACGAGUCGUGCAUGAAAUCGAAGACACCCUGCAAAAAUUGGAGGCCAAAGGGCAAAAGAUUACGAAAAUUAGCGUUGUUGGCUACUCCUUGGGGGGUCUGGUCGCUCGAUAUGCCAUUGGGUUGCUUCAGGCCCACGGAUGGCUGGAUAAAGUGGAACCAAUGAACUUCACUACAUUUGCCUCACCACAUAUUGGAGUGAGAACACCCCUUAAGGGGGUAUGGGACAGCAUAUGGAAUGGAUUAGGCCCUCGACUGGUCUCGAUUUCCGGCCAACAAUUGUUCAUGGUCGAUUCCUUCCGCGAUACUGGAAGACCCCUGCUUAGCAUUCUCGCCGACCCAGAGAGCAUUUUCAUUCAGGGACUGAAGAGAUUCCAAAAUCGAAGUGUCUACGGAAAUAUUGUGAACGAUCGUACCACGGCAUUUUACACAACCCUUUUUACGAAAACAAACCCUUUCCGGGACCUCGAAAAAAUUAAUAUUAAUUAUGUUGAGGGCUAUGAACAAGUGAUCAUUGAUCCUGAAGAGUUCCUGCUACCGCUCACACCCAAGGAACCCGAGACUUGUGCAUCCGAAGCUUGGCAGCAAAGCAAAGCAUUUCUACAAAACAUGCCAAUCUAUCUGCUUAUUCUGCUGCUGCUGCCUCCUGCUUCCACACUGUUCUGCAUCAAUGCCGCCAUUCAAACAUUCCGCAGCCAGAAACGAAUUCGGCUUCACGUGGAAGGCAAAAACGGCGCGCUUUUUGGGAAGUACAAAGUACCUUUACUGGUGCGGGAUAUGCAACACGUCAUGGACGAAGUAUUUGAGAGUGCCAAUGCUCGACAGGAGCCUGCCUAUCUCUCUAGUUCUGACCUCGAGGCUUCUGACUCCCAUGAGAAGAAUACGGGGAAGGGAAUGAAGUCCAACAGAUUCAAUUCGGAUUCAUCUACCGACUCCGAGUCUUCAGAAGCUGGAUUUGUGGCGUCUCAAUCCCCCAAGCUUGCAUUGACACCUGGCCAAUUCGACAUCAUUGAUUCUCUGAAUGACGUGGGUUUCCGCAAGUAUCCUGUCUAUAUCCAUAAGCACCGACAUAGCCAUGCAGCGAUCGUGCAUCGGAUUCAAAAGGAAAGCCACAGUGAGGGCAAGCUGGUCAUGAAACACUGGCUUGACAAUGGUUUUAUGGUAUAA